UUAGAGGUCUUGCAGUGCAGAGGCCGAUAGUGUAACUUUAAUCUGCUUGCAGUCAAGAAUGUGACGCCCAUCCAUCUAUAACUUCCAGCGUAGAGUUGCAGAUUGACUAUAAAGCCUCGAUACAGAACAGGAAUUAGACAAAAGAUUACAUGCAUUAAGGCCGACACUCUGAAUUGGCUUGGGAGGAAAAAUGAGUAAGGAAGACUCGUUAGCAACUUGUUUGGCUAAAAUGUAUGAGAAUAAAUUUGAAAAAUCGAAAUCCGUAAACAGGUCUCCAGGAGGGGUCAGCAACGUGGAGAAAAAGUUGAAUCUGCUAAAUGAGAAAAUGGACAAGCUUUUACAUUUUCAGGAAGAUGUUAUGGGAAAACUGGAAAAUGUGCAUCACAACAUGGACAUGUUGGAAAAAGGAAUGGACAUGCUGGCAGUAUUACGUGGGCCCAGUCAACAAAUUCUUCCUGAAAACAUUGAGAUUAUUCAGAGUCCUGGACACAGUUCUUGCUCAGAAUUAAUAAGACUGCUAAAAUCUAUACACGAGGAUUCUGUGAUCCACAAAGAGAAGUUAGACAGUCUAGAAAGGAUGGUGUCCACGAUGGAAAAGGUGGUGGCCUUUGUGGGGAGUACUCUUAGGAACUCCAAAAUUGUAGACUUUAUUCUAAAGGGUACUGUACCAUGGAAAAAGGAGUCAAAAGAUGAGGCCAAAGAUAAAUCUGAAGAGAAAGAAGUUAAAACAAAGCCUGGACUUAACAGAGGAGUGGGUCAGGCUGAGGCACAGAAAGUAACUGAAGAUAGCAAAAGAAGCAGUGCUCUUGAAGAUCUGAGCCAAAAAGCUGCACAGAGUACAACAAUCAAAUUAGAUUCCACAGUAUCAACACAAGAAGCAUCUAAAUAUUGUGAAAAUGCACAAGGCUCCAAAACAUGUGUGCAGAAGAUGGAGAAGGAACAAUUUGGGGUGGCAUCCCAGUACAACCAAACUACGACCAAUCAAGUCAUAGAGCAGAGCACCAGACAAAAGGACCAGGCUGUGACCAAUCAACUAACAGAGCAGAGCACCUGUCAAAAAAACCAGGCUGCAACCAAUCAACUAACAGAGCAGAGCACUAGGCAGAAGGACCAUUAUUCAGGAACAAAGGAGGAAAAUCAUAGUGCUGCAUCCAUCAACAAAUCUGGUUCGCAGUUAAAACUCAAACAACCUAGUAAAGAACAAGUUAUAAGUACAAAUACUGCUGAGCAACUUAAAGUGAAAAAAACAGAAAUAUUGACUCCAGGAAAAGACACGGUGAAACAAACUUUAGCCUUUCAUGGCAUUGAUAUUUCCCAGGAAGUUAUAGCAGAAGACAAACAACCCUCUCUAAGUGUAAAACUUGGAAAGGUUCAGCCAUCGUGUAACAAAAACACAAAGUGCAUGAAGAGGCAGGAGAGCGGUGAUAUAAAGUCUGUCGGACAGCAAAGGACUAAUGAUAUAGACCAUGCACAACUAACAGAAGACCAUGGAAAAGGAGCAGAAGAACAUCACAUAGGAGUUAUAGCUAGGAAGAAGUCAGUUGAUUCUGAGGCAUCUUUUUUACAUGUAAUCGAUGACUGUCCUCCUCCUCCUGCACCAUUCAACCAUCGGAUAGUGAGCAUUAAACAAGCAAUCUUGUCAUCAUGUUAUUCUGUCAGCCAACAUGAGGUCUUAGGAGGCAGGGGGCGCUUUGGCCAAGUUCACAGAUGUGUAGAAAAGGCAACUGGGCUUCAACUAGCAGCAAAAAUAAUCAAAGUCAAAGGAGCAAAGGAUAGGGAUGAAGUAAAAAAUGAGAUCAAUGUCAUGAACCAACUAAAUCACGUGAACCUGAUACAGCUCUAUGAUGCAUUUGAGUGCAAGAAUGACCUGAUCUUGAUAAUGGAAUAUUUAGACGGUGGAGAACUAUUUGACCGCAUCACUGAUGAAAACUACAGUCUGACAGAACUGGAUGCAAUAAUGUUUACCAAACAGAUUUGUGAAGGAAUAUACUAUGUACACCAGCAGUAUAUUCUGCAUCUAGAUCUAAAGCCGGAAAAUAUUUUAUGUGUCAAUCGAACUGGUAACCAAAUUAAAAUUAUUGAUUUUGGAUUAGCAAGAAGGUACAAACCCCGUGAGAAGUUGAAGGUGAAUUUUGGCACUCCGGAAUUUCUGGCCCCAGAAGUAGUGAAUUAUGAUUUUGUGUCUUUUCCAACGGACAUGUGGAGCGUGGGAGUCAUUACUUACAUGCUACUGAGUGGGUUGUCCCCCUUCCUGGGAGAAAGUGAUGCCGAGACAAUGAAUUACAUUGUGAAUUGCAACUGGGACUUUGACUCAGAAACAUUUGAGCAGGUGUCAGAGGAGGCCAAAGAUUUUAUUUCCAAACUGUUAAUUAAAGAAAAGAGCUGUAGACUUAGCGCUGGACAGUGUCUUAAACACGAAUGGCUAGUCAACCUGCCAAUAAAAGCCAAAAAAUACAAAGUCAGCUUGAAGUCUCAGAUCCUCCUUCAGAAAUACAUGGCACAAAAGAAAUGGAAAAAACACUUCUACGUGGUUGCUGCAGCUAAUCGCCUCAAGAAGUUUCAGGCCAUUUCACUGAAGCCCGCAUAGGGGUCAGUCCACACUAGGAAGUUACUGUGGCGCAUACCUCAGUUUAAUCCUGCGCUGAUAACUACCUAAGUGGCAAAGCAGCACUGUUGUAUGAAACGGAAAAUGUGGGACCUGCACUGUAAUGCAAGUGACUGGGAGCAGAGACUGUUACCCACCCAGUACAGAACUGUAUCUGUUUAUAGCUAUAGUAAUAUAGAAUGUAGAAUCGUGCCUUCAGAGUGAAACUGUACAAAUCAGCACAUGAUAGAAAAGCACUUUUACCCCUCUUGUAAUUUGUAUAACCUCAGACCUUGUCUAGUUAACCCUUAUCCAAUAUACUGUGAAUGUGUGUGUAUGUGUAUAUAU